AUGAAUAUGACAGAAGAAUCAGUAAUUGAAUUAUUACGAGAAACUAAUACUGAAGCAAUGGAUGAAGCAAUAAUUAAUGAAGAAUUACUACCUCCGAUUAUUGGUUUUCCUAAUGCUGAUCUUCCAUCUGAAAUACUAGAGCAGCAUGUGUAG